AUCCUAUGCUUUUCUUUUUCUCAAUCCAGUACUUUCUCAAACACAUCUCCUCUCGACUCGUGCUCUCUCGUCACUAAUCUUCUAGGUUAGCUGAGACAGUUGAGUUCGGCCUACUCAGAGAUAGAAAUCAUGUUUUUUGAUGGAUAUGGAUAUCAUGGAAGAUCAUUUGAGCAGACGUACCGGUGUUAUCCUGCAUCAUUCAUUGAUAAGCCACAAUUAGAAAAUGGAGACAAAAUUAUAAUGCCUCCCUCUGCUCUUGAUCGUCUAGCAUCACUUCACAUUGAUUACCCAAUGCUGUUUGAGCUUCAAAAUACUUCCACGGAACGGGUUUCUCACUGUGGGGUUUUGGAGUUCAUUGCAGAAGAGGGCAUGAUAUAUAUGCCAUAUUGGAUGAUGGAAAAUUUAUUCCUACAAGAAGGCGAUAUUGUGACAGUGAAAAAUGUAACUCUUCCUAAGGGUAAAUAUGUCAAGCUACAACCCCACACGAAGGAUUUUCUGGAUAUUUCUAACCCAAAGGCCAUCUUGGAGACGACACUCAGAAACUUUUCCUGCUUAACCACAGGAGAUAGUAUCAUGGUGGCUUACAACAAUAAAAAAUAUUAUAUAGACAUUGUGGAGACCAAACCUUCUAAUGCAAUAAGUAUUAUUGAAACAGACUGUGAAGUAGACUUUGCUCCCCCACUUGAUUACAAAGAACCUGAAAGAGCGGCUCCUUCUCGUCCAAGCAAGGCUCCAGCAGAAGUUGAAGAGGCUGCAGCAGAAGUUGAGCCAAAAUUCAACCCUUUUACUGGUGAAGCAAGACGUUUGGAUGGGAAACCCUUAAAACAGCAACCUUCACCUUCUUCUUCUUCUUCGGGGUCCUCAGACAAGCAAGUCGAUGUUACUAAUGGUGGUAAGAAGUCUGCUGCAGCUUCAAGCUCCCAAAACUCUAGUCGUCAGUCACAAGGGAAGCUUGUAUUUGGUUCAAAUGCAAACCACGCUCCUGAGAAACAAAAGGAACCUGUGAAAGAGGAACCUCAAAAGAAAGAACCCAAGUUUCAGGCUUUCUCUGGGAAAAAGUACUCCUUGAGGGGUUAAUUGCAUAUUUAACCUUUUCUUUUGUCAGUCAAAUAUCUGAAUUAUGUAAACUUAUUGUAUAAAUCUAUACAAAUUAGGUUUCAUUGAUUGUUGCCAAUGAUGGAAUGAUGUUACUAUUCAGGAGAGUGAUCUUAAAAAUGGCUGUCUGGCUGGCGUAGACUCUUAUAAAGCAUUGUUUUGUAUUGUUACUCUA